AGGAGGACAGACUACACCAGAAUCUUUCCACUACUGUUGUGUCUAGAUGCACUCCGCGAUGAGAGUUCAGUGAGAGCAAAGACACUGGGCAUUUGUCCUUUUGCUGCCAAAUCAGGACCUUUUGGACGUGCUUCUUUAUGCCCAUGCAAAGCGAAGGAAAAUAGACGGACGCCCCGUUACGUCCCCAUCUCCAGUGCCUCCAGCAAGUCCCUCCUCUCCCCUCUCUCAGCAUCCCACCUCCCCUUUCAGCACACCUCAGUCAGCCCACAACAGCCUAGCCAGGAGGAGGAUGAGCAUCAAUGCCUAGUGGACAUCCCACCUGUUCGGCAAGGCAAGAGCCAGGUCUGUAGAAGAGCAACCAGAGGGAGGGAGAGAGAUGCCGUUUGGAGGACUUGCAGGGCUGAAGGAGAAGGUGCUGAAGCCAGGAAAGGAGGAGGUGAAGAACACAGUGGGUGACUCUCUGGGGAACCUGCAGAAGAAGAUUGAUGGCACCAACGUGGAUGAGGAGGAUCAGAUAGAGCUGACGGAAGAUGGCAGGCCAGUGGCAGCCCCCCAGCACAGCCCGCCCUUGCUGGACUGUGGCUGCUUCGGCCUGCCCAAGCGUUACAUCAUUGCUAUUCUCAGCGGCCUGGGCUUCUGCAUCUCUUUUGGCAUCCGCUGCAACCUGGGUGUGGCCAUUGUAGAAAUGGUCAACAACAACACGGUGUACAUCAAUGGGACUGCUGUCAUGCAGCCUGCUCAGUUUAACUGGGAUCCUGAGACAGUAGGCUUGAUACAUGGCUCCUUUUUCUGGGGUUACAUUGUCACUCAAAUCCCUGGAGGCUUCAUCUCCAACAAGCUAGCAGCUAACAGAGUGUUUGGGGCGGCCAUUUUCUUGACGUCAGUGUUGAACAUGUUCAUCCCAUCAGCUGCGAGGGUCCACUAUGGCUGUGUCAUGUUUGUACGAAUACUGCAAGGGCUGGUGGAGGGAGUCACAUAUCCAGCCUGCCACGGAAUGUGGAGCAAAUGGGCUCCUCCGCUGGAAAGAAGCCGACUGGCCACCACCUCUUUCUGUGGGUCCUAUGCAGGUGCAGUGAUUGCCAUGCCUCUGGCAGGCGUGCUGGUGCAGUAUGUGGGCUGGCCCUCCGUCUUCUACAUUUAUGGAGUUUUCGGAAUCAUAUGGUAUACUUUCUGGCUCCUGCUUGCCUAUGAAAGCCCAGCUGUGCACCCUACUAUCAGUGAGGAGGAGAAAACAUACAUCGAGACCACAAUUGGAGAAGGGGCCAACUUAAUGAGUGCUACUGAGAAAUUCAAGACUCCGUGGCGACAGUUCUUCACCUCCAUGCCAGUCUAUGCCAUCAUUGUGGCCAACUUUUGCCGCAGCUGGACCUUCUACCUCCUGCUCAUCAGCCAGCCUGCCUACUUUGAAGAGGUCUUUGGUUUUCCCAUGAGCAAAGUGGGCAUCCUAUCAGCUGUGCCCCACAUGGUGAUGACCAUUAUCGUGCCGAUUGGGGGCCAGCUGGCUGACUUCUUGAGGAGCCGUAAAAUCCUCUCGACCACAACCGUGCGCAAGAUCAUGAACUGUGGAGGUUUUGGGAUGGAGGCCACUUUGCUUCUGGUGGUGGGAUUCUCACAUACACGUGGAGUAGCCAUCUCAUUUCUUGUCCUGGCAGUGGGCUUUAGCGGCUUUGCCAUAUCAGGUUUCAAUGUGAAUCACCUGGACAUUGCUCCCCGCUAUGCCAGCAUCCUGAUGGGCAUCUCCAAUGGAGUGGGUACCCUGUCGGGUAUGGUGUGUCCUCUCAUCGUGGGAGCGCUGACCAAACAUAAAACCCGCCGGGAGUGGCAGAAUGUCUUUGUGAUUGCCUCUAUGGUGCAUUACUGCGGAGUGAUCUUUUACGCCAUCUUUGCGUCCGGUGAGAAGCAGGACUGGGCAGAUCCAGAGAACACCAGUGAAGAGAAGUGUGGUAUCAUUGGAGAGGAUGAACUGGCUCAGGAGACGGAGCCCAGCUGUGACAGCGCCCUUGCCCCCAGCAAGAAGAAGUCCUACGGGACCACCACAGAGAACUCAGCCGGCCGCAAGAAGGGCUGGAAAAAGAAAAGAGGGGUGACCAUGCAGGAGGACGAUGAAAAGGAAUCGUACCCUUGUGAAAACGGGGACUAUCAGGAGCACUAUCAAUGACACUUUGUGGGUUCAUCAUGAACCCAGGACUGCCCUCACCUCACUGGUGUGCUUCUGAGGUGAAAAUGUUCAUUUCAGUAGCUGUUGAAAUAGGCUCUCCACUCCAGCAUCAAUACAAGGGAUACUACCCAUAUGACUGUA